AUGGAAGUAUCUCCUCCUAGCAGGCAAGUGGUCUUGUUCUUUAUUUCUCUAUGUAGCUCUGGUAUGUUGUGUGAACCGUUCCGCUAUUCAGUGCCUGAGGAGAAGAAAGCUGGAUCAAUAGUAGCAAAUGUGCUAAAAGAUUUGAAGGUAGAUGUGAAGGAGCUCUCUGCUCGCAGAGCACAGUUGAUUUCUAAGAGUUCCAGGCAGGAUUUCCAGCUGGAUCCUCACUCUGGGAAUAUAAUAUUAAGGGAUAAAAUUGACCGAGAAGCUUUGUGUGGUCUGACUGAUCUUUGCACUCUAUUCUCUGAAAUUUUGCUGGAAAAUCCUUUGCAAGUGUUCACAAUUGAAGUUCAAGUAGAAGAUGUCAAUGAUAAUUCCCCUACAUUCUCUCAGAAUCAAUUCCUUUUUGAAAUACCUGAACAGACUCCCAUAAAUGCACGUUUCCCUUUGGAGAAAGCACAAGAUUUAGAUAAAGGAAAAAAUGCUAUCCAAAACUAUAUACUUAGCACAAAUGAAUAUUUUAAGCUGAAUGUACAAAGUCAAAACGAUGGCAGCAAAUAUGCAGAACUGCUUUUGGUAAAACCAUUAGACCGCGAGGUGAUCCCUCAGUUUAUCCUCACUCUGGAAGCUGUGGAUGGAGGGAUCCCAAGGAGAACUGGCACAGCACAGAUAAUUAUUGAAAUUCUGGAUAACAAUGAUAACGUGCCCCAAUGUGAACAAGAAAUCUAUAAAGUGCAGUUGAUGGAAAGUAGUCAUCAAGGUUCAUUGGUUGCUAAAGUUGAAGCCACUGACAAAGAUAUUGGAUCCAAUGCUCGCAUCAUUUACACUUUUAGCCAAGCACUAGCAGAUGUGCUUCGAUCAUUCAGCUUAAACAAUCAUACUGGGGAAAUUACGCUUAUAGGGAAAAUUGAUUAUGAAGAAAACCAUAAUUAUGAACUCAACAUAAAAGCCACAGAUGGAGGAGGACUCUCCACUUACUGUAAAGUUCUUGUUGACAUUGAAGAUGAGAAUGACAAUGCCCCAGAAAUAGUUUUAUCAUCCAUCACUAAUCCUUUACCAGAGAAUUCUCCCCCAGAAACGCUGGUGGUACUUUUUGGCAUCAGAGAUCAAGACUCUGGAGACAAUGGCAGAACUACCUGCAACACUGACAAAAACCUGCCUUUUAUAUUAAAACUGACUGAGAACAAUUAUUACCAGCUUGUGACUCAACAGCCACUGGACAGAGAACAAAUGUCACAAUAUAACAUCACCAUCACAGCCACUGACCAAGGUUCUCCCAGACUCACUUCAAUGACAGUUAUUAGCAUUCAACUUUCAGACGUCAAUGAUAACCCUCCAAUGUUUGAAAGAUCUUUCUACAAUUUGCACUUGAGAGAAAACAACAUUCCAGGACUGCUCAUUGGAUCAGUCCACGCUGUGGAUGUGGACACAGAACAAAAUGCCAAAUUGACCUAUUGGCUUUUGCCUGGGAAAAUCAGGGAUGUCCCCGCAUCAUCUUACAUCUCCAUCAACUCCGAAACCGGGAACCUGUAUGCCAUCCGAUCUGUGGAUUAUGAGGAUAUACAAGAUUUCCAGGUGAUGGUGAGGGCUGUAGACAAGGGCUCGCCUCCACUGAGCUCAGAAAUCAUGGUCCGAGUUCUUAUCAGAGAUGAAAAUGACAACGCCCCCUUCGUCCUCUGCCCCCUUCAGAACAGCACUUCUCCAUCAAAGGAGCUGGUUCCCAGGGGAGCAGAGACAGGCUACCUGGUCACCAAAGUGGUGGCAACGGACAGGGAUUCAGGGCAGAAUUCUUGGCUUUCCUAUCAAUUGCUGAAGGCCACAGAUCCGAGUCUCUUCGCUGUUGGGACUCAGAAUGGGGAAGUGAAAACCAUGAGGCCGGUGAACAUCCGAGACAGUUUCAAACACACUCUUAUUGUGGCAGUUAGGGAUAACGGGCAUCCGCCUCAGUCUGUCUCUGCGACCCUAAGAAUUCUUCUAGUGGACGGCUUCUCUGAUUCGUACAUGAAAAUUAUGGAUAAUCCUAAGAGUGAAGUCCCGCAGGAGGAAGAUCAUACUCUAACCAUGUAUUUGAUUAUCUGCUUGGUUGCCAUCUCAUCCAUUUUUCUGCUUUCUGUCAUGGUGUUUAUUGCCACCAAGUUUCAGAAGCGAAGGAAGUUCACAGGAAGUUCUCAUUCUGCAUCUAAUUUCCCCGUGGGACCAAGUUCACAAGACAAGUGUGUGGAUCCUAAUACUGGGACACCUUCCCAGGCCUUCAGCUAUGAGGUAUGCUUAGCUGAUGGAUCUCUGAGCAGUGAGUUCAAGUUCCUUAGGCCUUUCUUUCCUGUUUUUACUAUGGAGCAUCGAAAAACUCUGCUGAAUCCACAGAUUAGAAAUGAUUGCUGUGAUCUUCCUAAUCAAUUGGAGGAAAGAGAGGAUAUAUCCCAGGACCAAUUCAAGGUGUUGGUAGUCCUUCAUGGCAUGGGUCCAGGCUAUCUGAGGGACCGUCUUAUCCCAGUGGGAUUGGCCCAUUCCACCCGUGCCAGCAGAGGAGGCAUGCUGCAAGCCCCGUCAGCCCGAUUGUUCCAGCUAGUAGGUUCCAGGAGAAGGGCCCUUUCUGCUGUUGCAUCUGUCUUCUGCAACAUCUUGCCCCCUGGUGUGAGAGUAAUGUGUGCUUCAAUUCGCUUUUCUGUCCCUGAAGAAAAGAAAAAGGGGUUUCUGGUGGCUAAUGUGCUCAAGGAAUUGAAACUGGAAGCAGGGGAGCUCUCAACCCGCAAAGCACAUUUAGUUGCUGAGGGCACUCAGGAAUACUUCCACCUUGAUAUUCAGACUGGGAAUCUGUUGAUUAAGGAUAACAUAGACAGAGAAGCUUUAUGUGGCCAGAAUGAUCCUUGUGUACUUCUAUCUCAGCUUGUUUUGGAAAACCCCUUAGAUAUCUUUAAUAUUGAAAUCAAGAUAGAAGAUGUGAAUGACAAUGCCCCCAAAUUUUGGAAAAACAAUGUGGAGAUAGACAUUCCUGAAAAUAUUCCUAUAAGUAUGAUAUUUCCCUUGGAAUUAGCCCAGGAUGAUGACUUAGGAGAUAAUAGCAUCCAAAAUUAUAUUCUCAGUCCCAAUGAGCAUUUUCAGCUUGAAGUACAUAAGAAUGAAGAUGAAAAUGAUAAUAUAUAUCUUGUUUUGAAGAAAACAUUAGAUAGGGAGGAGAUGCCAUACCUUGGAUUGACUCUAAUGGCUAUUGAUGGAGGAGCUCCAAAGAAAACCGGUACAGUUCAAAUUAAUAUUAAUGUUCUGGAUAAUAAUGAUAACUUUCCUCUGUUUAGCAAGUCUGAAUAUAAGGCAAGAAUAAAGGAGAAUCUCCCUCAGGGCACUCUUGUAGUUAAGGUGGAAGCCACAGAUCUGGAUUUGGGUUCAAAUGCACAGAUCCUCUACUCAUUCCAUCAAGUGCCAGAAAGAAUAAUCAAUUUGUUCAAUUUAAAUGAAAGAACAGGAGAAAUCACUGUUUGGGGUCAGAUUGACUAUGAAAAAGAAAAGAGUUACAGCAUGAACAUCAGAGCAACAGAUGGAGGGGGUCUUCCAGAUCACUGCAAAUUACUAAUAGAGGUUGAAGAUGUGAAUGACAACCCCCCAGAAGUGUCCAUCAUAUCUCUGACCAGCUUCUUAAAAGAGGACUCUCCCCCAGACACAGUAGUGGCCGUCUUCGGUGUUAGAGAUCAAGACUCUGGAGACAACAGCAAAACGGUCUGCUCCGUGGAGAUGAAUCUCCCUUUUGUGCUCAAAGGCACCACAAACAACUUUUAUCAGCUUGUGCUCCAAAGUCCCCUAGACAGAGAGACGGUCACUGAGUAUAACAUCACCAUCACAGCCAUUGACUGCGGCUCUCCUAGGCUCACUUCAACAAGACUGAUUAAUGUUCAGAUCUCCGAUGUCAAUGAUAACCCUCCUCUUUUUGAAAAGCCUUUAUAUGACAUGCAGAUCCGGGAGAAUCAUAUUCCAGGCUUGCUCAUCGGCUCAGUCCACGCUGUGGAUCUGGACACAAACCUGAAUGCUAAAGUGACUUACUCAGUUCUGCCUGGGAAGGGUGAUGGCCUUUUGCCCACUUUCAUUUCAAUCAACUCUGAAACUGGAAACCUGUAUGCCCUCCGAUCCCUGGACUAUGAGCAGAUAAGAGGCUUCAGAGUUACUGUGAGGGCCUCUGAUGGUGGUUCUCCUUCCCUGAGCUCACAAGUGAUUGUCCGCAUCNGGCUUUCCUAUGAAUUGCUGAAGGCCACGGACCCAGCCCUUUUCAGCAUAGGAGCGCAGAAUGGGGAAGUGAAAACCAGGAGAGCCCUGAAUGAGCGAGACACAAACAAGCAGAGGCUGGUGAUUCUGGUCAGAGACAACGGUCUUCCUCCCCAGACCAGCACGGCGUUGCUUAAUGUCCUUCUUGUGGAUGGCUUUUCAGAUCCCUUCCUGAGGAGGGUGGAUGUCAGUGUGCAAGAACCGGAAGAAGAUAAAACCUUGACCAAGUAUUUGGUGAUCUGCUUGGCUGCUGUCUCCUUUGUGUUCCUGGUCUGUAUUGUUGUGUUUGUUGUGGUCAAAAUCCUCAAGAAGGACCGCCAAAGCCAUUUUACUGCAGCUGUUCCUCACUUCCCACCUGCCAGUGCUGAUGCCCCAGAGAACUGUGCUGAUUCACAGAAUGGGUCGCUUUCCAGGACUUACCGUUAUGAUGUUUGUUUGACUGGUGGAUCCUUAAGUAGCGAGUUCCGAUUUCUCAGGCCUCUCUUUCCUGUCCUGUCCUGUCCUGGGGGAGAUGUUAACAUCCCAGGCAACCACUGGACUUCUUCUGGCCCUGAAGAUUUAUCCAAGCAGGUUGCAGUUAAUGGGAGAACGAAAGAGGAGCUGCUUUACGAAGAGUCAUAUUCCCAGAGAAAGGCUGAGAAAAUGGAAGUAUCUCCUCCUAGCAGGCAAGUGGUCUUGUUUUUUAUUUCUCUAUGUAGCUCUGGUAUGUUGUGUGAACCGUUCCGCUAUUCAGUGCCUGAGGAGAAGAAAGCUGGAUCAAUAGUAGCAAAUGUGCUAAAAGAUUUGAAGGUAGAUGUGAAGGAGCUCUCUGCUCGCAGAGCACAGUUGAUUUCUAAGAGUUCCAGGCAGGAUUUCCAGCUGGAUCCUCACUCUGGGAAUAUAAUAUUAAGGGAUAAAAUUGACCGAGAAGCUUUGUGUGGUCUGACUGAUCUUUGCACUCUAUUCUCUGAAAUUUUGCUGGAAAAUCCUUUGCAAGUGUUCACAAUUGAAGUUCAAGUAGAAGAUGUCAAUGAUAAUUCCCCUACAUUCUCUCAGAAUCAAUUCCUUUUUGAAAUACCUGAACAGACCCCCAUAAAUGUGCAUUUCCCUUUGGAGACAGCCCAUGAUUUAGACAAAGGGGAAAAUGCUAUCCAGAACUACAUAAUAAACACAAGUGAAUAUUUUAAGCUGGAUGUGCAAAGUCAAAACGAUGGCAGCAAAUAUGCAGAACUGCUUUUGGCAAAACCAUUAGACCGCGAGGUGAUCCCUCAGUUUAUCUUCACUCUGGAAGCUGUGGAUGGAGGGAUCCCAAGGAGGACUGGCACAGCACAGAUAAUUAUUGAUAUUCUGGAUACAAAUGAUAAUGUGCCCCAAUUUGAACAAGCAGUCUAUAAAGUGCAGUUGAUGGAAAGUAGUCAUCCAGGCUCAUUGGUUGCUAAAGUUGAAGCCACCGACAAAGAUAUUGGAUCCAAUGCUCGCAUCAUUUACACUUUUAGCCAAGCACCAGCAGAUGUGCUUCGAUCAUUCAGCUUAAACAACCAUACUGGGGAAAUUACGCUUGUACGGAAAAUUGAUUAUGAAAUAAACAGUAAAUAUCAACUCAGUAUCAAAGCCACAGAUGGAGGAGGACUCUCCACUUACUGUAAAGUUCUUGUUGACAUUGAAGAUGAGAAUGACAAUGCCCCAGAAAUAGUUGUAUCAUCCAUCACUAAUCCUUUACCAGAGAAUUCUUCCCCGGAAACGCUGGUGGUACUUUUUGGCAUCAGAGAUCAAGACUCUGGAGACAAUGGCAGAACUACCUGCAACACUGAUAAAAACCUGCCUUUUAUAUUAAAACUGACUGAGAACAAUUAUUACCAGCUUGUGACUCAACAGCCACUGGACAGAGAACAAAUGUCACAAUAUAACAUCACCAUCACAGCCACUGACCAAGGUUCUCCCAGACUCACUUCAAUGACAGUUAUUAGCAUUCAACUUUCAGACGUCAAUGAUAACCCUCCAAUGUUUGAAAGAUCUUUCUACGAUUUGCACUUGAGAGAAAACAACAUUCCAGGACUGCUCAUUGGAUCAGUCCAUGCUGUGGAUGUGGACAUAGAACAAAAUGCCAAACUGACCUAUUGGCUUUUGCCUGGGAAAAUCAGGGAUAUCCCCGCAUCAUCUUACAUCUCCAUCAACUCCGAAACCGGGAACCUGUAUGCCAUCCGAUCUGUGGAUUAUGAGGAUAUACAAGAUUUCCAGGUGAUGGUGAGGGCUGUAGACAAGGGCUCGCCUCCACUGAGCUCAGAAACCAUGGUCCGAGUUCUCAUCAGAGAUGAGAAUGACAACGCCCCCUUCGUCCUCUGCCCCCUUCAGAACAGCACCUCUCCAUCAAAGGAGCUGGUUCCCAGGGGAGCAGAGACAGGCUACCUGGUCACCAAAGUGGUGGCAACGGACAGGGAUUCAGGGCAGAAUUCUUGGCUUUCCUAUCAAUUGCUGAAGGCCACAGAUCCGAGUCUCUUCGCUGUUGGGACUCAGAAUGGGGAAGUGAAAACCAUGAGGCCGGUGAACAACCGAGACAGUUUCAAACACACUCUUAUUGUGGCAGUUAGGGAUAAUGGGCAUCCACCUCAGUCUGUCUCUGCGACCCUAAGAAUUCUUCUAGUGGACGGCUUUUCUGAUCCGUACAUGAAAAUUAUGGAUAAUCCUAAGGGUGAAGUCCCGCAGGAGGAAGAUCAUACUCUAACCAUGUAUUUGAUUAUUUGCUUGGUUGCCAUCUCAUCCAUUUUUCUGCUUUCUGUCAUGGUGUUUAUUGCCACCAAGUUUCAGAAGCGAAGGAAGUUCACAGGAAGUUCUCAUUCUGCAUCUAAUUUCCCCGUGGGACCAAGUUCACAAGACAAGUGUGUGGAUCCUAAUACUGGAACACCUUCCCAGGCCUUCAGCUAUGAGGUAUGCUUAGCUGAUGGAUCUCUGAGCAGUGAGUUCAAGUUCCUUAGGCCUUUCUUUCCUGUUUUUACUAUGGAGCAUCGAAAAACUCUGCUGAAUCCACAGAUUAGAAAUGAUUGCCGUGAUCUUCCUAACCAAUUGGAGGAACGAGAGGAUAUAUCCCAGAACAUUAGGCCUUUCUUUCCUGUUUUUACUAUGGAGCAUCGAAAAACUCUGCUGAAUCCACAGAUUAGAAAUGAUUGCCGUGAUCUUCCUAACCAAUUGGAGGAACGAGAGGAUAUAUCCCAGACACCCAGAAAGGAAUGUAACAAACAAUUGCUUUUCUGAAACAGUAAGGAAUACUUCCACCUUGAUAUUCAGACAGGGAAUCUGUUGAUUAAGGAUAACAUAGACAGAGAAGCUUUAUGUGGCCAGAAUGAUCCUUGUGUACUUCUAUCUCAGCUUGUUUUGGAAAACCCCUUAGAUAUCUUUAAUAUUGAAAUCAAGAUAGAAGAUGUGAAUGACAAUGCUCCCAAAUUUUGGAAAAACAAUGUGGAGAUAGACAUUCUUGAGACUGUUCCUAAAAGUACAACAUUCCCCUUGGAACCUGCCCAAGAUGAUGACUUAGGAGAUAAUAGCAUCCAAAAUUAUACUCUUAAUCCCAAUGAGCAUUUUCAGCUCGAAGUACAUAAGAAUGAAGAUGAAAAUGAUAAUAUAUAUCUUGUUUUGAAGGAAACAUUAGAUAGGGAGGAGAUGCCAUACCUUGGAUUGACUCUAAUGGCUAUUGAUGGAGGAGUUCCAAAGAAAACCGGCACAGUUCAAAUUAAUAUUAAUGUUCUGGAUAAUAAUGAUAACUUUCCUCUGUUUAGCAAGUCUGAAUAUAAGGCAAGAGUAAAGGAGAAUCUGCCUCAGGGCACUCUUGUGGUUAAGGUGGAAGCCACAGAUCUGGAUUUGGGUUCAAAUGCACAGAUCCUGUACUCAUUCCAUCAAGUGCCAGAAAGAAUAAACAAUUUGUUCAAUUUAAAUGAAAGAACAGGAGAAAUCACUGUUUGGGGUCAGAUUGACUAUGAAAAAGAAAAGAGUUACAGCAUGAACAUCAGAGCAACAGAUGGAGGGGGUCUUUCAGGGCACUGCAAGGCACUGAUUGAGGUUGAAGAUGUGAAUGACAACCCCCCAGAAGUGUCCAUCAUAUCUCUGACCAGCAUCUUAAAAGAGGACUCUCCCCCAGACACAGUGGUGGCUGUCUUCAGUGUUAGAGACCAAGACUCUGGAGACAACAGUAAAACGGUCUGCUCUGUGGAUGUGAACAUCCCUUUUGUCCUCAAAGGCACCACAAACAACUUUUAUCAGCUUGUGCUCCAAAGUCCCCUGGACAGAGAGACGGUCACUGAGUACAACAUCACCAUCACAGCCAUUGACUGCGGCUCUCCUAGGCUCACUUCAACAAGACUGAUUAAUGUUCAGAUCUCUGACAUCAAUGAUAACCCUCCUCUUUUUGAAAAGCCUUCAUAUGACAUGCAGAUCCGGGAGAAUCAUAUUCCAGGCUUGUUCAUCGGCUCAAUCCACGCUGUGGAUCUGGACAUAAAGCUGAAUGCUAAAGUGACUUACUCAGUUCUGCCUGGGAAAGGUGAUGGCCUUUUGCCCUCUUUCAUUUCAAUCAACUCUGAAACUGGAAACCUGUAUGCCCUCCGAUCCCUGGACUAUGAGCAGAUAAGAGGCUUCAGAGUUACUGUGAGGGCCUCUGAUGGUGGUUCUCCUUCCCUGAGCUCAGAAGUGAUUGUCCGCAUCCACAUCAUAGAUGAAAACGACAACGUUCCCUUCUUCCUGUAUCCCCUCCAGAACAACACAUCCCCAUGCAAUGAGCUGGUUCCCAAGUCAGCCGAGGCCGGCUAUCUGGUCACCAAGGUGGUUGCAGUGGAUGCAGAUUCUGGCCAAAACUCUUGGCUUUCCUAUGAAUUGUUGAAGGCCACGGACCCAGCCCUUUUCAGCAUAGGAGCGCAGAAUGGGGAAGUGAAAACCAGGAGAGCCCUGAAUGAGCGAGACACAAACAAGCAGAGGCUGGUGAUACUGGUCAGAGACAACGGUCUUCCUCCCCAGACCAGCACGGAAGAGACUGGAAUCAUGGAGAAUUGCUUUUGGAAAAGACAAGGUCUGUAUGUCCUUCUCUCUUUCUCAUUCCUUAGAGUAAUGUGUGCUUCAAUUCGCUUUUCUGUCCCUGAAGAAAAGAAAAAGGGGUUUCUGGUGAGUAAUGUACUCAAAAAAUUGAAACUGGAAGCAGGGGAGCUCUCAGCCCGCAAAGCACAUUUAGCUGCUGAGGGCACUCAGGAAUACUUCCACCUUGAUAUUCAGACUGGGGAUCUGUUGAUUAAGGACAACAUAGACAGAGAAGCUUUAUGUGGCCAGAAUGAUCCUUGUGUACUUCUAUCUCAGCUUGUUUUGGGAAACCCCUUAGAUAUCUUUAAUAUUGAAAUCAAGAUAGAAGAUGUGAAUGACAAUGCCCCCAAAUUUUGGAAAAAUGAAGUGGUGCUGGACAUUCUUGAGACUGUUCCUAAAAGUACAACAUUCCCCUUGGAACCUGCCCAAGAUGAAGACUUGGGAGACAAUAGCAUCCAAAAUUAUACUCUUAAUCUCAAUGAGCAUUUUCAGCUUGAAGUACACAAGAAUGAAGAUAGAAAAGACAACGUAUAUCUUGUUUUGAAGAAAACAUUAGAUAGGGAGAGGAUGGCACACCUUGGAUUGACUCUAAUGGCUAUUGAUGGAGGAGUUCCAAAGAAAACAGGCACAGUUCAAAUUAAUAUUAAUGUGCUGGAUAGUAAUGAUAACUUUCCUCUGUUUAGCAAGUCUGAAUAUAAGGCAAGAGUAAAGGAGAAUCUCCCUCAGGGCACUCUUGUGGUUAAAGUGGAAGCCACAGAUCUGGAUUUGGGUUCAAAUGCACAGAUCCUCUACUCAUUCCAUCAAGUGCCGGAAAGAAUAAACAAUUUGUUCUAUUUAAAUGAAAGAACUGGAAAAAUCACUGUUUGUGGUCAGAUAGAUUAUGAAAAAGAAAAGAGUUACAGCAUGAACAUCAGAGCAACAGAUGGAGGGGGUCUUUCAGGGCAUUGCAACGUAGUGAUAGAAAUUGAAGAUGUGAAUGACAACCCCCCAGAAGUGUCCAUCAUAUCUCUGGCCAACACUUUAAAGGAAGACUCUCCCCCAGACACAGUAGUGGCUGUCUUCAGUGUUAGAGAUCAAGACUCUGGAGACAACAGCAAAACGGUCUGCUCCGUGGAGAUGAAUCUCCCUUUUGUGCUCAAAGGCACCACAAACAACUUUUAUCAGCUUGUGCUCCAAAGUCCCCUAGACAGAGAGACGGUCACUGAGUACAACAUCACCAUCACAGCCAUUGACUGCGGCUCUCCUAGGCUCACUUCAACAAGACUGAUUAAUGUUCAGAUCUCCGAUGUCAAUGACAACCCUCCUCUUUUUGAAAAGUCUUCAUUUGACAUGCAGAUCCGGGAGAAUCAUAUUCCAGGUUUGCUCAUUGGCUCAGUCCACGCUGUGGAUCUGGACACAAAGCAGAAUGCAAAAGUGACUUACUCAGUUCUGCCUGGGAAGGGUGAUGGCCUUUUGCCAACUUUCAUUUCAAUCAACUCUGAAACUGGAAACCUGCAUGCCCUCCGAUCCCUGGACUAUGAGCAGAUAAGAGGCUUCAGAGUUACUGUGAGGGCCUCUGAUGGUGGUUCUCCUUCCCUGAGCUCAGAAGUGAUUGUCCGCAUCCACAUCAUAGAUGAAAAUGACAACGCUCCCUUCUUCCUGUAUCCCCUCCAGAACAACACAUCCCCAUGCAAUGAGCUGGUUCCUAAGUCAGCUGAGGCCGGCUAUCUGGUCACCAAGGUGGUUGCAGUGGAUGCAGAUUCUGGCCAAAACUCUUGGCUUUCCUAUGAAUUGCUGAAGGCCACGGACCCAGCCCUUUUCAGCAUAGGAGCGCAGAAUGGGGAAGUGAAAACCAGGAGAGCCCUGAAUGAGCGAGACACAAACAAGCAGAGGCUGGUGAUUCUGGUAAGAGACAACGGUCUUCCUCCCCAGACCAGCACGGCGUUGCUUAAUGUCCUUCUUGUGGAUGGCUUUUCGGAUCCCUUCCUGAGGAGGGUGGAUGUCAGUGUGCAAGAACCGGAAGAAGACAAAACCUUGACCAAGUAUUUGGUGAUCUGCUUGGCUGCUGUCUCCUUUGUGUUCCUGGUCUGUAUUGUUGUGUUUGUUGUGGUCAAAAUCCUCAAGAAGGACCCCCAAAACCAUUUUACUGCAGCUGUUCCUCACUUCCCACCCGCCAGUGCUGAUGCCCAAGAGAACUGUGCAGAUUCACAGAAUGGGUCACUUCCCAGGACUUACCAUUAUGAUGUUUGUUUGACUGGUGGAUCUUUAAGUAGCGAGUUCCGAUUUCUCAGGCCCCUCUUUCCUGUCUUUUCGGUGGGAGAUGUAAACGUCCUAGGCAACCACUGGACUUCUUCUAGCCCUGAAGAUUUAUCUAAGCAGGUUGCAGUUAAUGGCACAACGAAAGAGCUCCAGAUUGUUACAGCUGCAUCUCAGGGCCAGUUGUUCAUCCUCCUUUCUAUAUGCAGAUUCAUCACCAUCUCAAACGAGACCAAUGACCAUUGUAUCAUGUGGAAACUUCAGAACUUUAACAGAGGGUUCCCUUGA